AUGUCUCGGGUAGAACUCGCUAAAAUCCGCUCCUUGACCUUCUACAAAGAUGAAUUGACUGCAGCUCGCCGAACUUCGGCUAUUCCCCAACUGAAGUGCGUUGGACGGCCUUGUAGGCUGUACCAGCCGGAUGUUAUCAGAUGUGUGAACACUGGAGGGGAUGGUGUGGAUAUCGAUUGGCGGUGUGAAGCAGAUUUACCGGAAGCAUUGAGAUUUGGAAAGGUGGAGGUCAGCUGCGAGGGUUGGUCCAGACCUGGGGAUCCAUACGUGCUGAAGGGUUCUUGUGCAUUAGAGUAUAAACUCGUUCAAGUCCCGGAUGCUUUGCGAGGUGGAAAGACCGACUCUCCAAUACUUGGAUCCUGGAAAGAAUGGGACACGUCUGAAAUUAUCUUCUGGGUCGUCUGGAUAUCCAUCCUCCUCUUUAUCGUCUAUAACUUCCUGAAAUCAUGCUUUGGCAACGAUAGACAGGUGGCGCGCACCGCAGGCAACAACCGACCAGGUCCAAGUCCCGGUGGUGGUUGGGGACGAUGGUUCCCUCGCGACGACCACGACGACUACCGUCCACCACCCCCACCCUACUCCAAAGACCCGCCCGGAACAUCGACGUGGGACAACUGGCGACCAGGUUUUUGGACAGGCGCUGCUCUAGGUGGACUCGCCAACCAGUGGUGGAAUAACCGGAACCGUCGAGUCUACGAACCAGAACCAGAACCCAUUCUGCGACCAGGGUGGUUUGGUAGUCGGCAGCAAAGCACUGGGUGGUCCCCAUUUGCUUCACACAGUCAGCCGAGCUUCCGAAGAGCGAGACCAGUGUAUGACGAUUCUGAUCGUGGAGAAGGCCCUUCGAAUCUUGGGGCCAUGAGAAGUAGCACUGGAAUUGGUGGUACCAAUGUCCGGUGA